AUGUCUUGUUUAUUUACUUUAGAUCCUAUUUUCAGUGCUUAAAUGAAGGAAGUUCGAAGAAGAAAAGCCCGUAAUAAAAUGGAAAAACCUUUCCCUGGAUGCUUGGGAAGAAUGGUAAACCUGUUUGACUUGAGUGCAGGCGUUAGUAGCAACAAGCUUCUGACGGAUAAGCCGCAUCGUGACGGUUCUGUACUCCCAAGAAGUCACUCAGAUGCAGCAAUUAUGUCGAGUUCUUCACUUGACAGUCACAUAGAGGAUGGACUGGGUCACUCAAUUGGGAAGGCAAAUCAAACGCCCAUGAAGAUGCUCAUAGACCAGGAAAUGUCAAAAGAGGCUGAGUCUAAGAUUUCUCCCCCAAAUGUUGUUGCGAAGUUGAUGGGGCUAGAUACUUUGCCAGAGCAGCCUGGUUCAGCUGCUUAUAAAACACCUUCAAGAGGUUCCCCAUGUAUAGUUAAAGAAUCUAGGUUGCCACUAGAACGUAUAGAACAAGUUGAUGACUGUUUGGAGAAGGGCGCCCUAUGUGAAAUUCAUCAAAGCUCCGUAGACGUUUAUGAAAUAUGGCAGCAAAGUUUGAAAACAAAUUAUGAUAGAAAAAAGUUGCAUUAUGGAAAUUUUGACAAAAAUAUUGAUGAAAAAAAGAUUGCCCUUGUUCGUCAAAAAUUCACUGAAGCAAAACGUAUGGCUACAGAUGAGAAACUUAGGCAAUCUAAAGAAUUCCAAGAUGCCUUAGAAGUUCUCAGCUCCAAUAAGGAAUCGUUUGUCAAAUUAUUGCAAGAACCAAAUUCCUUGUUUUCUCAGCGUAGUUUUCAACUUUGUUCACUUCCUACAUCUCCUGAGAAGACGUGUAUCACUAUCCUUAGGCCCUCAAAUUUAGUUAGCACUGAAAAAAAUUUUGAGACGGGAAAAAGAUGUGAGAAUCAGAUGAGAAAACCGACUCAGGUCUGCCAUUCCACUGCUCGUGACAAGCCCAGUAAUGUGCCUACUUUUUCAAACCAGAGAGUUGAUGAAUAUGUUCAACCCACACGAAUAGUGGUAUUGAAGCCUAACAUUGGUAAGAAUCAUGGUGUUAAACCUGUGGUAACUCAACAAGCUAGUUCAUCACCUGAUAAAACCUCUGGAAAUUUUGAUGAGGAAGCUGAGGGUGUCGAGGUGCCAGAAUUAGGGGAAACUGCAACGGAGAUUUCUGAACAGUUGAGUGAAGGUCAAAUGGGACAUCAAAGGGAUGAAACUUUGAUUUCUUCUGUCUUUUCUAAUGGUUAUACUGGUGAUGAGAGUUCAUUUUACAAGUCAGAGAAUGAGUAUGCAGGGAGGGAUCUCAGUGACUUAGAAUUAAUGUCACCGUCUUCCAGGCAUUCUUGGGAUUAUGCUAACAAAUUUGAUAGCCCUUAUUCUAUUUCUUCCUUCAGCCAUGUUUCAUGUUCUCCGGAGUCAUUGGUUUGCCGUGAAGCCAAGAAGCAUCUCUCUGAAAGAUGGUCAACGAUCACAUCAAUUGCCAAUUCUCAUGAACCGAGGCAUGUAAGGAGAAGCUCUAGUACAUUGGGUGAGAUGCUCUCUUUGUCAGAUCCAAAAAAGUCCAUCGAAUCUAUUGAUCAGAUAACCAAUGAGGAAGAAAAGCGGAGGGAGUUCGCAUCCUGCUUAAGUAUUGACUUCAGUAAGGAAGAGAUUGAAAACUCUCCUAGAAGUCUCCAGAGGUCAAAGUCUGCACCAGUAUCUCCUUUGAUGUCACGCGGCAGACUAGGUUUUGAAGCUCCAAAGUCUGCUACGACAGAUGUUAUCCCAGAGAAAACUUGUCCGACAAAGGUUAAAUCAUCAUUUAAAGGAAAAAUUUCUAGUUUAUUCUUCUCCAGGAAUAAGAAACUGAACAAAGAAAAACAAAAUUCAUUAUGUAAAUUUGAAUUGGAUACAUCUAUUGUGGGAACACUUGGAGCCUCUCCACCUCCUGACAGGGUUGGUGAUAAUGCAUCUUGUGUCAACAAUACUCAACUUGAAGAAUGCUCAUUCUCUGCACUGAGUGGAUCAUCAGAGACGUCUCCGGAUUUAACCAACACAUUGGGCGUGGUCUCACUUGAGGCUGGGUUGCCUUUUGCAAGAAAUUUGAUGCCAGGAAAUGCCGGUGAGAACCUGGACAAUCCGUGUCCAUGCUCUGUUUUUGAACCACUAUUUGAUGAGGAUGACUUCGAGAUGUGCUCGUCUUCUGGCCAUAUGAAGCCUGACAUCAGAGGAAUUCAAGUGCCUACGAAGUCCAACUUAAUUGACAAAUCGCCUCCCAUAGAGUCCAUUUUUCGGACUUCGACAUGGGAAAAUAAAUAUUCAGAAAACACAGAUCCAUAUUUGGUUAAACCCUCAUUAGCAUGUGAAGAUACAGAAAAUGAGGAACAAAAGUGGCUCGGCCUUGUCAAAACUCUGCUCUCAGCCAAUGGCCUCGAUGACAGUGUGCAGUGCAACUCAUUUUUCUCAAGAUGGCAUUCUCUCGAUUAUCCAUUGGAUCCAUCACUAAGAGACAGGUUUGCCAACCUAAGUGCUAAAGAGCCAGAACAGGAGGCGAAACAAAGGGAAUCCAGUUCAAACUGGAAGCUCAUAUUUGACAGUGUCAAUGCCAUCCUGGUUGAUAUUGCAGGAUUUCGGUCAGAUAGGAGCACAAUGGCAAUGUCAUACAACUGGGUAAAUGCUGAUGCUCCCUCACAAGCUUUGGUGGACAGUGUGUGGGACAGAUUGAAGGAUUGGCUAUCGUGCGAAACACAAUGUGUUGGUUUUGUGAUUGGGGACAUUAGCAGCCUGGUGGUAGAGAGGGUGGUUCGGAAGGAGGUUGUGGGGAAGAGCUGGAUUCAGCAAUUACAAGAGGAAAUGGAUGAUUUAGGGAAGGAAAUAGAAGGGAAAUUGCUGGAAGAACUUGUGGAAGAGGCGCUGCUUAAUUUGACAGAAGAAAAUGAGGAAGAACGGAAAUAUUGCUGCUACAUUGAAACCAGUCACCUGUACCAUGUCCAGCAGAGGACGAAUUGAGAUGUUGCUGCUACUCUGGAACCAAUCACAAAGAGCCAGCAUGACUACCUCUGGAUAAAUCAGGGCAAGGAAGAAAGGCUGCUGCUACCCAUCAAUGUCCAUACUAAAAGUUCAUCUUUAUCUUCUGGUCAUGAAAAGAAAAAGGUGAUAAAUGGCUCCCAACCUGCAACUAGUGUAGAUGUAUUCUAAAGUAGCACGAACUAGAAAGAGUCUUGACGUGGAAGGGGAUAUACGAGUACACGAAGAGAAGAGAGUUGAGACAGAGACGAAUCCAAGCCCGGAAUGAAAACCGACUCGAAAUACGGAAAGGUGCGAAGGAGCUCAGCGUUUUUAAAGAUUGAUGAAGAUAUAAUUGAAUCAACUAAACUGCUUUCUUGUUUUAAACUUUAUGAAUCAAAUCGUCGAGCAACUAUGAGUUAAGGUUAAACAAACUAAUUUGAUCGGUCCAUUGUUUUCAAUUUGCAAA